AUGGAGGACAAGGAAGACAACAAGACGGUAUUUGGUGAUGCCGAGCAGAUGACAUACCACGACGGUGUGCUUGAAGGGUCGACUGUCUACGACGGAGAGUCAGGUUCAGGGUAUAAGUCCAGUGGCAUUAGCGGACACAAGCGAACCGCCUCAUCGGAUCGCCGUUUGACGUCGCAGGUGUCGCAGUUGCAGUAUAACAACAACCGUGUUGCCUUGGACAGAUCUAUCACGGGUGUUGUGGACUUGCUGGAUCAAUUACAGUCGGAGAACAAGCAGAGACCGCUGUUCUAUCCGACGUCUGCUACCCCAUCUUCGAUGUUGAACAGUAAGAAGGCGCACUUGGCACUGAUUCGGAAGAACAGCAUGAAGACUGCGAUGAAGCAACCGGAGGACGAAAGUGUGUCCGGGGAUUCUGAGGAGCUAGAGGAUAACCAUUUGAAGAUUCUCAAGCUGAAUAUCAAAUUGGACCAUAACUCACACUUCUCCAACUUGGAUAAGAGCGCAAUUGCACAGAUUUUGGAUGACAAGAUUACGCAAGUUUCAAAGCAUCUGCUCUCAAUAAAGGAGAGGAUCGAUGACACCUCCUCAAAGGUGUUCGUCACGGGUGACUUGAACUCGGGUAAGUCCACUUUUUGCAAUGCAUUGCUAAGACGUAAAGUCCUGCCGGAAGAUCAACAGCCAUGCACCACUGUGUUCUGCGAGGUGGUAGACUCCAGGGAGAACAACGGGAUUGAAGAGGUGCAUGCGGUGCCUAUUGGUGUUGAGUACGAUAUUAAGAAUGAGACUACUUAUGAAAUUUUCACUUUGAAAGAUUUGGAAAGAUUGGUUGGUGAAUGCGACAAGUAUUCUAUACUCAAGGUUUACGUCACUGAUAAAAGAGCAGUUCAAGAUAGCUUACUACGGAAUGGUGUUGUCGACAUUGCAUUGAUCGAUGCUCCGGGACUUAAUUUGGAUUCGUAUCAAACCACAGAGGUUUUUUCAAGACAAGAGGAGAUUGAUCUUGUUGUCUUUGUUUUGAGUGCAGAAAACCAGUUUACACUCUCUGCAAAGGAAUUUAUUGCGGCUGCUGCCAAUGAGAAGAAUCUGAUCUUUAUUGUCGUCAACAGAUUUGAUAGCAUUAAAGAUAAACAGAAAUGUAUGAAUAGAGUCUUGGAACAAGUUCAACAGCUAUCACCUGAAACGUACAAAGAUGCAUCACAAUUUGUGCAUUUUGUCUCUUCAAAUGCAAUUGUUGACGGUUUACCAGAUGAUGAUGACGAUGGAAAUGGCAAUGGAAGUGGAGAAGGAAGCUCUCAUGAUCGUGACAAUGAGCCACAUCCAGAUUUUGACCAUUUGGAGGAGAGUUUGCGUAAUUUUGUUUUGAAGAAGAGAGCAUACUCAAAGCUUCAACCGGCAAAGACAUAUUUGAUCAACUUGUUUGACGAUAUUGAAGAAUUAUCAUCAAUCAAUCAGAAAUUAUACCUCAACGAUAAGACGGAAAUGUCGAAGAAAUUGGAUGAAAUCUCACCAAUAUAUGAGGAGAGUCUUGUUCAAUCCGUGAAGAUUAAUGAAAAGAUCGAAGCCAUCAUUGAGGAAACUUCCCACGAUGUUUAUUCCAAUACCAAAGAGAGCAUUUACAAGACUUUGAAUACUGUUGGUGACCAUCCGGUUGUUACAUACCCGGGUAUUUUGCAUUUGCCUGAAUAUGUCUUUGAUACCCAAGAGGCUAUUAAGAAGAACAUUUUAGACUCUGUCAAUGAAGCAGAACAGUAUGCAAGAAGACAGACCUCUAAUGCUGUUGAAAACAUCAACACCUUGGCUAAGGACAUACUAAAGGAUGAUUAUAAGGAUGAAAAGAUAUUUAGAGAUGACUUCAUGUUCACCAGAAGAAAAGAUUCGUUAACAAGACAAAUUGAAGCACCUCUCUCCGUCUUUGACUUCAUUGAUCCUUCGCUAGAAGGAUUUUUGGCGUCAUUGGGAUUCACCAAGAAGACCACAGAUCAAGUGACAAUUUGGAAAAACUCUGCAAUGUCCAUUGGAGUCUUUGCGUUAUCACGUGCCAUGUCAACUGGAAGAGUCGUUCACAACGUGUUCCAGUAUGGAUCUUUCUUCUCUCUGAGAACACUUCAAUAUCUUGCCAUUCCAGUGAUCAUUGGUGUUGGUGUCGUUGGUAUCAAUUACCUUGUAAGCGACAUUCCAAACGCCCUUCCAAGGAAACUAGCUUUGAAAAUCAAAUACCAGGUGCAAGAGAUGGAUUAUCCUCAUCAGAACUCCGAAAGAAUCGCCAAGGAGUGUCGUAAAGUUUUGAAGUAUCCAGCUAGGGAUGUUCAAAGCGCAUUCCAAUCGUGUUUGGAUAAACACUAUGUCGAGAGAGAGAAAUUGCUAAAGGACAUCAAGGGAUGUGAUGUUGCGUCCGCCUUCUUUGGUAAGCUCUUGAAGAAAGCUGUUGAUCAGAGAAACCUCAUCUCCUCGCUAGAUUUGGAGACUCCACAAUUGUGAACUUCCCUGUAUAUAUUAGCCCACACACAUUCUCACAAAUGAAAACGAAAAGAAGCAAAAUGAAGAUAUUGAUAAUUUAUGAAGAUAUUAAUAUUUAUAAAGGUAUUAAUAUUUAUGAUUUUAUGCCUUUGGUUUUUUGUUCUUGUCGCUGGCUACAAUUCAUGAAAACAUCCGCCAUUGAAUUGCAGACAAAUGGACACCUUUGUUUCUGGACAUGUAACCUUCUGUACAUCGCCAUCGGCUUUUGCAUCCUUUGCUGUGUCCGCGUGGUACCAUCUCUGAGUUGAAUUUGAUGUCCCCAUUGUCUUAACAGGAUCCAACACCUUUGGACAAUACAACAUUUCUGUGAACUUGAGGUAUCAGAUACCUAUCACCCCUCCCCAUACUCACCCGAAAUCACCAAUUGCUCCGUUACUAACAUACCCUUCUUUCUAAAUCCUUAACCCAUAUCUCUCUUGUAACUCUCUCCCCAUGCAGGUGUAC